AUCACAGUACGACAGAUUUGGACUAAACCAUGUCUAUAAUUGCAGCUUACGUGUCGAUGAUGAUGGCCACCUGUUUGUUGCUCUCCAUCUCCUCGAGCACAACCAACGUCGGUAGCACGGCAUGCCCGCAACCUGAGAAAGGAGAAAUGGGUCCUCCCGGCCACUCUGGGAAACCUGGAGUGAGAGGUCACAACGGGAUGAAGGGCAGCCCAGGAAUUGCAGGAUCUAAGGGUACAAAGGGAGACAAAGGGGAAAUCGGAAAAUCAGGUCUUCAAGGCAAACAGGGUCCAGCCGGUGUGGUUGGUCCACCUGGUAAGCAGGGCGUGACUGGCUCCCAAGGCUCACCUGGAAACACUGGAAUUCAGGGUCCGCAAGGUUUUCGAGGUCCACCAGGCGCAAAGGGUGAAAAAGGCAUCAAAGGGGCAAACGGUGAUACUGGACCAAGGGGACUGGAAGGAACAGACGGAACUCCUGGUCCUCCAGGUCAUCCUGGCGUACAAGGUCCGCCUGGACAAAGAGGUCACAAAGGAGAACGAGGAUUUUCUGGCUUUAAAGGAGAGCAAGGACCUCAGGGUAUUGCCGGUCCAGAGAUGACUGAUGCUACUCUUCAACGUUAUUUUAAGCCCGUUACAGCUUUGCAAAGAGAGGUUGAAAACUUGAGAAACAAAUUUGAAAUAAUCAUGCGCUCGUUUAAUGCAUGCUGUAUUGAAGAAAAACCUGCUGCUCAUCUCUACGGGAGUGGCACCUCCGCUACUCUUUCAACCGGUACUCGUGUUACCUACUGGUCAACUAGUACAUCACCUCCAGGUUUUCUUCGAGGAGGAACUGUCUACAAUAAUGGAUACAUUACAGUUCCACGUGACGGAUUGUAUUAUGUAUAUUCUCAAUUUUGGUAUGACCGAAGUUCAGGAAGUAGUCAAUAUUUUUGUUCAUUUUACAUCAAGUUGAACGGCAGCAACAAUAUUGGCAGAGCUAUUCACUACCGGCAAAACCCUGGUAGUCGCGACGAAAGUCAAUACACAGGAGUAACGGUUAUGCUGACAGCUAACGACCGGCUCUCUGUGAUAGUGGGAAGUGGCUGCAGAUAUGAAUUUUACACAUACGACAUGGCAUUUUUCGGAGCUUUCUACAUUGGUUAACUCUAAAUUAAAACAUUUAAUGAAAGCAGUGCAGUCGCUGACUCUCUCUAUGACAAUGCGCGCGCGUUCUUUUCUUUCAAUUACUGAUUGCUGUUACGUCCAAUGUCUCUGUUUGCAUAUUGAUGGUAGAAUUAACUUCACACAUAAUAAUUAUUGCGGUACCGGCGCCAACAUCUGUACGUUAGUCAUUAUCCUACGAUAUAGUAUAAACUGUAGUAAACUCAAAACGUAUGCAUACUUGAUU